AUGGCACCCGACCUCAGUAACUGCAGAGUGCUCAAAGAAGAGCCACUAGCUUCUUCUGACGCUAAGUGGACCGCUUUGAGAAAAAUAACUUAUAACAAUGCAGAGAACGUAUCGAAAAUCUGGGAAUCAGCCGUACGGCCAACUCGACCAUCAAAUAGCUCGAUAGAUGCAGUAGGCAUCGUCGCCAUCUUGGAGAAACCCAGUGGGCCAGAAUUACUUCUGCAAAAGCAGUACCGUCCACCCAUCGACAAGGUAUGCAUAGAAGUACCAGCAGGCUUGGUAGAUGAAGGCGAAGACGCCGAAUCUUGCGCGCUUCGAGAGCUCAAAGAAGAAACUGGCUACGUGGGAGAAGUGAUCAAAGGCACUCUGGGAGUGACACCUGUCAUGUUCAAUGACCCGGGGUUUUGUAAUACAAACCUGAACAUGGUCCACGUACGUCUAGAUAUGUCGAAUCCCGACAAUCAAAACCCACGACCAGAACUCGAAGAGAACGAGUUCAUUGAGUGUUUCUCGAUACCGUUGAAAACACUCUAUGAGGAAUGCAGGAGACUCGAGGCUGAGGGAUAUGCUAUCGAUGCUCGUGUACUCACACUAGCUGAAGGAAUUGAGGUAGCUCGACAGUUCAAGAUUGUCUAG